AUGACUCAUUCCAUUAGAUCAGACCAGCUGCGGCAGGACUCUCAGCUGUCCACCAGCUUAGUUGAUCAACAUUGUUUCAGAUUGCCGAUUUGGCCACUUCUGAGAAACAUAUAUAUAGCGCAGCAGCCACAUCACUCGACACUCGACGACGGCCCGAGAGCUCGAUCUCUCUCCACACAGCGCAAUCGAGUGUCGACGCUCGGCCUGGUCCUUAGCGGGCCAGGGCUCAGUCCCGACCUAAUCUCAGAGUCUAGCCCGCUAACCUUCUCCCCUAACCUCUGUCAUCCUCCAACUUGUCACUCACGGCAGUUUACCGGGUUCCUUAGAGUCGUGGAU